ACUCAUCUUUCGUACUCAACAUUUUGUUUGAAGAUUAAAAACUUCAAUAAAUACACUGCAGUUUAUCGAACGAUUCUCUGCACUUUAAAACAUUAAAGUCAUAUUCUAUAGCAGCCAUGAGGUUGCAUGAGAAAAUUUAAAUCCAUAUUUGUUAAACGUUACUAGACAUCUGACAUAACUUUGAUUAAUGGAGGGUAGAGAAAAGCAACAUAUGGUCAAAUAUAAGGACACUAUGAAUAGCUGAAUUAUGAUUCCAGCUAUAUGCUUACAUCGCACCUGGUUUUGGACUCGGACAAUUUUAAAAGAGCAUUACUAUUUUCAAAGUGGACAAUGAUGUGGAUAUUCUGAGUGAAGAAGUUCCUAUUGACUUGAAGAGUGAUGAGGUGUGCAUACCAUCACCAUUUUCCUCAAAAAAGGCUGAACCAGAGGAGCAAACUCUGUCCCAAUCUUCAGGGUUCUGAUGUGACCGAGGAUCCACUGAAGACGCCAUAGUUGCUACCGUCGAACAAGAACUUUGCUGUUACAAGUGAAAUGGGACUAUCCCAAGCAUUGGUCCUUAACAUUCUUUAUGAUGAUUAACUGUAUUCAUAUCACUAUUAAAAUAAUAAUGUUCAGAUAACUAAUAAUAUUCUAAUAGUAAUGUGGUUGGUUUGUAUGUGUGUGUGUGAAAUGGCCAUUUGAUAUCAAAGAGGGAGGAAUUAACAGAGGCUGCAUGAGAUUGCAUAAUGAUGAAUUUUAUCAUUUGUACUUUUGAUCAGAUGUUACUGGGGUGAUAAAGGAUGAGGAAGCAGCACAUAGAGGCUGUAUGAGAUAAAUGAGAAAUACACACAGAAUUUUAGUUUGAAAAGUGAAAGAAGAAGGGCACUUGAAGACCUAGGUGUUGUUGGGAGCAUAAUCUUAAAGUAUUGAUUAAGAACUUGGUAUAUGAAGGUGUCAGCUGGGUAGGUAUGUCUCAGGGUAGGGACCAGUAGCAUGCUGUGUGAACACUAUGCCCCUUGAACCUUUGGGCUGCAUAAAAGGCUGGAAUUUAUUGACCAAGCGAGUCACUAGUAGCUUCCCAAUAUGCAUUCUUGUUGUGUGGAGUUGGUUCAGUUUUGAGAAACAGUGAGGAAAUAAAUUUCUCUAACCUUGUAUUUUGCAUGCAUAUAUUCUGGUUUAUUUCAUGAUGAAUUUAUUUAUAUUUGUCAGCAGUUUCUCCAGAGUCUUUACGUAGGUUUGAGAAGUAUGUGGAAGAAAAGAGUGCUUGAGAACUGGAGAGAAGGUCUGAUCAUCACAGUUAAAAAAAAUUGAUGGAAAGUUUGCAAAAAUUACUGAGAGAUUACAUUUGUUAGCCAUUCUGUAGAAAUAUACCAGAGAAUCAUGAUUCAAAAGUGAGUAGACAAGAGAAAAGUAUACAGGAUUUGAGGUUUUCGUGGCGGCUGUCUGUAUCAUCAGGGUGAUGAGUAAGCCGUGCGAAACCAACUGGUCACACGGCUUACUCAUCGCCCUGAUGAUGGAGGCAGCAUGGACCUCUGAAAUGCCGGUAAACGUCUGCCAGACCACACAGCGCAACAACCCAGAAGACGACCAUCUUUGCAAUAAAGAAUAUUUGUGUCAGAUAUGAAAUAGUGUUGUGGAAGGCUAGACACCUUUAAGUGUUUUAUCUCCUGUGCCUUUAUAAACAAGGUCAUGCAAGUAGGAUUUGAGGUUAUGAAAUGUUGGUAAAAGUUUACCAAUCUGCACAGAGCAAUGACCCAGAAGACAGCCAUCUUAGGUUAUGUAAAAUAUAAUAAGUAGAGUAACAGAAAGAAAUGACAGUGGAGUACCAAAAAUAAGUUUAUGCACAUGUCAGUUGCACGAAAACUAUAUGAAAGCACCUUAGACAAGAAAUUCCCAAAUAUUGUUACUGUGUAUGAAGAUAUUAGAUUAAAAGUUAAUUUAGAUGACUGUGUUGUUAAAAUGAGCUGAAAGACUGGGUGAAUGGGAAAGAUAACAAUAAUCAUGAAAUAAAACAAGUGAAAAUGGAAGUGUUGAAGAAGUACAAAAAGAAUAAAAAUUCAGGAAAACUAUAUGAAUAGCUAAGACAGUCAGAAAAUGGGAAAUGCCUAAGAUAGUGAAAAUGUGCCUACUUAAAAGUUAUUAUAUGCUCUUAUUAAUGUGUGGGGCAGAAAGUUGCAUAUGGACCUAGGCAGAUAUUAGUACUGAGGAAAGAGAUGAAGAUUGUGAGUGAAAAAAAGCUACCAGUGCAUUUUUUCCAGCAUAAUUAUUUACAGUAACAUUUCGAUUGUACUAAAUCCAUUUCAGAUACAACUCAGGAGCUUGGUAACUGAUUACCCCCCCCCCCAAAACACACACACACACAAACGACUUUUUAGCGAAAUUAACUAUAAACUACUGGUAAUAUUUCUGAAACGUAAGGAUCAUAUUUAACAAAUGUAUGAAUUAGAAUUUACAAGUUCUUGUUAAAAAAUUCUCUUCCGCUUGUAAAUUCUGCCAGUAAUUACAAGUGACAUUAUCGUAGUGCAAAUGAGAUCCUGGAGUUGUGUGGAACUGAGGAACGACUCUCUGUGGAGGACUUUUACACUGGAACGAACUUGAGGGAACUAGACGGACCCACCACUACAAAGUUAUGGCCAUACGUUAUCUGCACUACAAAGAAUCAGAAAAUAUGAACUAGCAGCUGUUAUAAUUUUCGUUUAGUACAUAACAGAUGUAAUGAGAUAAGAUAGUCAUGAUUCAUGAGAGUGUGGUGGUUUUACAGAACUGUAUGUAUUUACUGAAAGUUGUGCCUGGUUCAUGUACUGAGGCAUGUCCAACAUCAUCUUGUGAUGGAAGUCAGAUAUUUAGUAUAAAAGUUGAGAGGGACACAGAUAUUCAAGAGGAGGAUCCUCUGUUAAUAACAUUUCCAGAAAUGAAGGUGGAACAUGAGCGGAAAGUUGAUAUAAUAAAAGUAGAAAAUUAUGUGGAUGUUUUGAGUGAAGAAGAUUCCAUUGGUAUGAAAGCUGAUGAGGUUUCCAUACCAUCAACAUUUUCUGAGAACUGCGUGGAUUUAGUGAAAGCUGUGCCUGGAUCAUAUAGUGAGACACAACCGACAUCUUAUCAUGAUGUAAAAGUUGAGGAAGUCACAGAUAUAGAACAGGCAGAGGAUCCUCUGUUAACAUUUCCAGUAAUAAAGGAAGAAAAUGAGAACACAUUGAAUGAACUUCUACUAACAAAUGGUGAGAAGUGUCCAUAUUCCUGUCAUGUUUGCAAUAAGUCUUUUACUGAGAGGAGUCAUCUGAAGGCACAUCACCGUAUACACAGUGGAGAGCGUCCAUUUUCCUGUGAUGUCUGUAAUAAAGCAUUCAUUGAGAGAGGUCAUCUAAAGACUCAUCAACGCAUACAUAGUGGAGAGCGACCAUAUUCCUGUGAUAUAUGUAAUAAAUCGUUCACUGAAAGGGGUCAUCUGAAAACACAUCUACGCAUACAUAGCGGGGAGCGUCCAUAUUCCUGCAAUGUUUGUAAAAAGUCAUUUAGUCAACUGAGUAACCUGAAAAGACAUCAACGCACACAUAGUGGGGAUCGGCCAUAUUUCUGUGAUAUAUGUAGGAAAUCAUUCAGUGAGCGAAGUCAUCUGAAAACACAUCUGCGCAUACAUAGUGGAGAGCAUCCAUUUUCCUGUGAUGUGUGCAAUAAAUCAUUCAUUCGGAGGGGUCAUCUGAAGACACAUGAGCGAGUACAUAGUGGAGAGCGUCCGUAUUCCUGUGAUGUGUGUAAUAAAUCAUUCAGUCAGCUGAGUAAUAUGAAGAGCUGGAGAGCCUUUCCAAAUAGCAUCAGUACCAUAGCAGUUCCGAGAAGGAGACACUGUUCCAGGAUGGCGGCCCAGAGGGGCCGAUCUGGCUGAGGUGCUGAAUCGCUGCCAUUGACUUUACACGGUUGAGCCAGCUGAAGGUGUUGGUAAAUCAUCACUUACUUAUUUGAUAUGUCAUCAGCAACCUAUUAGCAAUCCGUCUUGGACAGUUGGAUGUUCAGUGGAAGUGAAACUUCAUGAAUACAAGGAAGGAACACCUGAUCAGAAGACAUAU